AUGGACUUUGUCAAGAAAUUCGCCGGCGGUAACAGCAACGAGCAGACUGCUCAGCAGGGCAGUGCUCAGCAAGCUCCCACCCAGCAGGGCGAGUCUGGUGGCUUCCUCGGUGGCAUCGGCAACAAGCUCAACUCGGCUGCUGGCGGUGGUCCCGAGAGCGAGAAGAACGAGGAUUACCUUGACAAGGGUGUCGACUUUGUCCAAGAGAAGUUCCUGGGCCAGGGCCCUCAGAACAAUGAAUCCGCCAUCGAGCAGGCCAAGGACGAGCAAAUCUCCGACUUCAUCCGCAAGCAAUGGAAGUCCACCAGUGGCUCCGACUUCCCCAUCAAGGACAAGGAGACCAAGUUCUAG